AAAACAAAGCCUUUCACUUUCCUCAAAUUAGCAGGCUAAUGUAGUAUAAAAAAAAGCAGUUCUACUCAGAUCUGUGCUAAGAGCUUUCAUUUCAUCAUAAUAUAAAACAGCAGAUCCGUCACCUUUCUCUAUUCAGUACUCUUGAUUUCGAGGUUGAAGUGAAAAUUAGAAGCUGUUCAUUCUGGCUCGCAGGCUGGGUUGCAUUUGCUUAGUCUUAUUCCAUGACAGUAGGAUGGAAAGAGGAAUCUGACUGAUCAUCCUACCGGAGUAUUGUACACAAACAUAAAGUUCCUUCAAAAUGGACUACUUUCUGGAUGUCGAGUCUGCUCAGAGACUGUUUUACAGUCAAGGAGCUCAAGCUCGUCGGGCCACUCUUCUCACCGUGCCCACUCUGGUGACAGCCACUUCUUCUGAGGAUGACGUAGACCGGAGACCCAUCAGAAGACUCCGGUCUAAGAGUGACACCCCUUACUUGGAAGAAGCAAGGUUCUGCUUCAACCUUGAUAAUGGUCCCAAGCAAAGCUGGAGCCCUAACCUGGCGGGCAGCCUACAACGACAGGGUAAGAAAUACCAUCCAUGUGCAGAGCCGAUAACUGAAUAG